UGGCGCUCCACCCAAAAGAGGAAGUUCCGCUUUAAGGACUGCUCCCUAUUAAGGAUUGGCACCUUUGACGGGCAGAGGCAUGAUGGGACUUGUAGUUCACCAACAGCUGGAGGGCCACAGUUGCCCACCCCUGGCCUAGGCGAUCGGAAUCGGAAGGUGUUUCUUCCCUCCCUCCCUGUAGUCUUUUCGAACACGUGACAGGUCCCAGAAGACUACGGGGCCAUUCAUGAAGCGCAGCGCUUCUCGCACAUGUGCAGUGGGUACCCAGCUGUGAAGCCGCAAGCUGUCACAGCCGGGUGCCCACAGUGAAGAUGCCGGCCUCCUGGAAUACAGGACGGCCUGUGAAACGGGCUGGGGGGGGACACACCGAGGGAC